AUGCCGCUCACCCCUCCUUGUUCGCCCCUUGGCCUCUCCGACGCCCUAAAGGCCCUUUCAACGCUCGGCUGCGCACGUCUGGUCCAGUCGCUGAGGCGCGCUGCUGCCCGCCGUUGCUCGAUGCCGUAUUCCUUUUGCGUGAAUAUGGAGGAGUCCCCGAGAGGCAGCGGCGGCGGCGGCCGUUCUCUGUCGACUGAAAGCGACGAGGACCUCUUCGACUUCGGCGGCGAGGCGUCGGAGACGGGCGUCGGACUGCUCAAGCCGGCUAGCGGCAGCGCGCACGAGGCCGAGCACAAAGUCGACUCCCGCCGCAGGCCAAGAUACUCGUCCAUGUAG